UACUUCUCGUGGUCGGUGUUUCCAAUCCUUUGUUGCUGAAACUGACGCGACAGAGUUUCGUUACGUAACUCAGGGAUUAGUAAGGUUGUUGUUAUGUAUAAACAUCUGUGUACAGACCGGUACAGACGUCUCAUUUCCAAGAUGGAAGAUACUAGUUUGGUUUAGGCAACGUGGAUUAUGGACUCGACAGUUUGGAUCCUGCCAAGUGAAAAAUGUUUGGCCCCCAUGUGAUGGAGGCAGAGGUAUUACAGAAUUUGGAGCCAAAAGCAGACGUGGCUGCGCAGCAGUGUGCUCUUGCAUACUUGGAGCAGCUGAAGAAUUCUGAGGCAGGAUGGCAGUUUUGUAUGAACAAUUUGACAAGAGGGAUGAAUCAAGAAAACCACCUGAGAUUCUUCUGCUUUCAAGUUGUUGAGCAUUACAUUAGGAACCACUAUAAUCAUGAGAAUCUGGCUGAACAACAGCGUGUGCGAGAAUUCCUCAGCUGCUGGAUUCAGCUGCAGUGCUCACAACUUGGGAGACAGGAAGCGACGUUUUUACGCAACAAAGCAGCCCAAGUUUUUGCCCUUGUUUUUGUCCGUGAUUAUCCGUUAUUUUGGGCUGACUUCUUUGGUGAUCUCAUCAAGACUUUGAGUUUUGGACCCCAAGCGGUAGAUAUAUAUGUAAGAGUGCUCAAAGCUAUAGACAGUGAGGUGGCUGAUCAGGAUAUUAUCCGUACACAUCAAGAGGCAGAGAGAAAUGCUGCAAUAAAGAAUGCUAUGAGAGGAAGCUGUGUAGAGAAAUUAGUGGAAUCAUGGUACCACAUUCUUAAAACAUAUGAAACAAGCAACCCAGAACUUGUAAAUCAAUGUUUAGAAGUAAUUGGAGCAUAUGUAUCAUGGAUUGAUAUAGCACUGGUAGCCAAUGAUCGUUUUAUUGCGUUGCUUCUCUCCUUACUUCAUAUGAUUGAGUCACGGGAGUCUGCUGCUGAUUGCUUGCAUGACAUCAUCAGCAAAGGAAUGGAGCCAUUGGACAAGCUGCAACUUAUUGAAACUUUGGUUCCUGUUCUUCAGAAUUCUGGCAUUCUGAAACCUCUUGAGGAUGAUGAGACUGAAUUUUCAUGCAAGUUGUCGCGCUUAGUGAAUGGAAUAGGACUCAAUCUGAUUGAUGCUCAUAACAAACUGUCAAAAUCAGGAUCUGCAGAGCAGGUAGCAUUACUGCAGAAUGCAGUUGAACGAAAAGUUCCAAUUAUGAUCGAGUUUCUCAGUAAUGAUUAUGAUGAUGUAUCUGCAGCAGUUUUGGAGUUUGCCAAGGAAUAUAUCCACAUGUUGAAGGGGAAAGUGAUGCUGACAGAGGAGCAGCUUGGGUAUGCACGCUCGCUCCUGCUUACAGUUGUGCACAAAAUGAAGUAUGAUGAAUCAUAUCGCUUUGAGCAAGAAGGUGAAGAUGAGGCUACAUUCCAGGAAUUCAGAAAGCAGUUGAAAGUAUUGUUUGACAACUUGGCAGGUGUGAAUAAAGAGUUGGUUAUUGAAUAUGUAAGUGAAUUCACCACGAAUACGCUGAGUGAAUGGAGAACUGCAUCAUUCCAGAAUGUGGAGAUUGCCAUUUAUUUGUUGUACCUGAUGGGUGAAGCUAUUCCAGCAUCUGGUGGAAACCAUUUCAGUGGUGAUCAUACCAAAGUGUCAGCCAUGCAGACAAUGAUGCAUGUGUUGGUUACUUGUGACGUGAGCCACUACCCACAUCCAGCAGUCACAUUGCAGUAUGUUGAGACUGUCGUGCGUUAUGAGAAGUUCUUUAACACAGAACCAGAACACAUUCCGUAUGUGUUAACAGCCUUCCUUGACCAACGUGGUGUGAGGAACAGUAGUCCACUUGUUCGCAGUCGCUGCGCUUAUUUAUUUUCACGUUUUGUCAAGUGCCUGAGGACAUUGAUACAGCCAUAUAUAAAGGAAAUUCUGGGACCCCUGCAGUACCUGCUGGUUCUGGUUCCCCCAGAAAAUGGAUCAAGCCUCAUUAGUGAAGAUGACCAAUUGUAUUUGUAUGAAGCUGCAGCAGUGAUGAUUGUGUCAGGGGCCUUUGGUGCUCAGCAAAAAGGGAUGCUAAUGUCAAACAUGCUCAUUCCUGUGAUGGAUAAAUUUAAGACUUUGGUGUCCCAAUUGCUAGUGGAGAUGGAUGAGCAGAAGCAAGAGCUAUUGGCUCAGUCUCUUUGCCAUGCUAUGGCUGUUACUAGCCGUGCCAGCAAGGCAUUCACGAACCAUCAGACGAUGAAGUCUUGUUGUUGUGUGCCUAUAUUUAUUGAGGCCAUGAAGGUUUUCCUUGGAUGCCUGCAGAUUCCAACACAGUCACGGAUACUGCAAAGUGGAGUGCGGCAGUUCCUCCAUAGGAUGGUAGUAUGCUUAGAGGAGGAAGUUCUCCCUUACAUUCCACAGGCAUCGGAAGGUCUUUUAAAGGGCAAUGACAUUCGAAGCAUUCAGGAAUAUAUUCCCCUGAUUGUGCAGAUAAUUGCAAAAUUUAAAUUGUCCUGGGUGUUUCAGAAGGAAGUUAUUCCCUUCCUGCAGCAAGUUUUCAUGCCAAUAGUGAAUGCAAUCUUCUCUGCACUGUCAUUGCCUGUUGAAGAAAAUGAUGAACAAGGGAAAAGGGAGAAACAGCUACUUCAGCGCAACUACUUCCAGUUCAUAGCUGCUGUUGUAACAAACAACAUUUCAGAGGUGCUGAAUGCUCAAGAGAGCCGGUUCCUUGAACAGGUGAUGAUCAGCAUUAUUCGUGGAGCUGUGGAUUUCCCAGAUCCAGUGGCUCAGAAGACAUGCUUCUCAAUCCUCCGAAAGCUGGUGGAUUUAUGGGGUGGGAAGGAGCAGCCUCAUGGCUUCACACAGUUCAUAUACAAGAACAUCGUUCCUGCAUGUUUUAUGGCACCCCUCAAGUCUACGUUUGACCUAUCUGAUGCUCAGACAUCACUGGCAUUGGCAGAGAGUGCCAUGUGCUUGAAGACUAUCCUACAGAAACAUGGGGAUGAAUUUGUCAACUACCUCCAUGCAGAAUACCUGCCAACUCUGCAGAUCUCCCCACAUCUUAUAGAUGAAUAUUGCCAGGCCCUCAAAGCUGAAAACAAAGUCUUCAAAAAUUAUGUUAAAGUAUUUUUCCAACAAGCAAAAACAUGACAAACAAGAAAGAUUAUGACCGAAACAAGUUGAAUGGUAAAACUGAUACUAGGAAAAUAUUUUCCCCCAUAAUUACUGGCAUUACUGUAAAUAUUUCUUUGUAAAUAUUUAAUUUUAUACUGUUACACAUUUUUCUGAGAUAGCAUACGUUUCUGUGCUCCCAACACAGAUGUGAUUAAGUUGAGUGUUUCAUUUAUUCUGAUGUUAUUUUUAUAGUUGGAAGAAUUGAGCAGUGUCUUAUGUUGGAUAUAUUUUUAUUUACACUGAAGACUGAUGCUGUCCUUUUGAAACAAUUCACUGUUGUAUAAUUGACUGGAUUUUUCGUUUGUUUUAUCAGCAUCUAGUGUCACUUUUGUGAAAUAGAAUCUCUAUACAGAUUUUGCUCAGUUCUCUUUAUUUUAAGAACUUAUCAUAGGAGCAAGAAUUCCUUGGUACAUCACACCCUGGGAGCAGAUGUUGUAUGUAAGAAUCAUGUUAUUUAUUUUAUGUGUAUUAUAAGUUAAAUUCAAUAUUUUAUUUGAACACUUGAUCUCAAUUAAAAUCCUUUGACUACAGAAUGUUGUAUCUAAUAUGUGACUUUUCACUUUUGCAUAAUUUAUUUAGGAAUAUUUUUGAACCUGUUUUCUGGUCGUAUAAAUUGUUAACUUACUGUUCUUUGUUAAGUUUUCAGUUUCCCAAAGCAUCUGGGCUGUAUUUUAUAGCAAAAAUCUUAAAUCCAUUCUUAUUAGUGAAAACUGGAAAUUUGUAAGCAUUAUAAACAAUCUAGCAUUCUGUAGCAGAAACUUUUAAGUUAACUGCUGCUGGUGGUAAAAAUCCAAACUGGAGUUUUAAGACAGUUUCUUCUUAUUUUUUUUUCAGUACAAGCUUUUUCUUGCCAUAUCUCCAUUAGUGAGAAGUAUUUCUUGCUGGUUUUUGUCAUUAUCAAUAAAUAUCCCAUAUUUAUUGAGCUGUACAUAUUGUGUUUUUUUUAACAAAGUAAAGGAAGGGAUGUUUUAUGUGGGGGUAAUGUCUGCCUUGUCAUGAACAGACCUCGAGGAGUGUAUUCUCGUAACGUCACUUUAAACUGUGAGUCCCCUGGCCUCUUACCAUAGCAGUGGCAGUGGAUCCUAUGCUGUUAUGUCACCGCUGGCAACACAUGUUACCGCGUCGCAUGGAGACCAUGAUCCUCAACAUGCCUGUCUGUGACAUUAAACUCCUGGACAGAUUAUUUUAAAAUUUGUUUCUGGAGACUGCUGCUAAAAGUUGUUGGUCAAUUCUGAUUUUUGCUAUACUUACUGAUUACAAAGCUGAUUUUAUGUAAGGUCAUAAGUGAGCUUUUCCAUGUAUGUCAUGACAUUAAUCACCCAUUUUACUUUUAACCAUAUUGAAACUUGAAAAGCAUAUAUUGCAUAAGGUCAUAAAUGAAUUUUUCAUGUAUGUCAUGAGCUCAACAGACUGCAAAGAAUGCCGCUGUGAAAUUUGUGAACUACAUUACAGUCUUGUUCCAGUCUUGUUUUUUAAAGUCUACUGGUACAAAAUAUUCAUCAAAAUUGUUAUGAGUUAGAAUAAUUAAUUUUCCAUUUUUAUUUUUUCUCAGAAUUUUAUGAAAUGGUCUGUAUCCCAAAAUCAUCUUGAAUAGAAAACAGAUUGAUAUUAUAAAUAAAAAAUGGAUGAAAUUAAUGAAGAGGAACCUAUAUUUAAUAUAAUGGAAAUAAGGUACACAAAUGACAAAUGAUGAACUUAAACUGCAAUAAAAGUUUCACUGUAAUUCGUGUUUGUUUGCUUUUGUAUGAGCUGCUGUCAUGUUGCUUUGAAUAUAAAAUACCUGAUGCACUGAACACUAGAAAUAGGCUGUUCAUGUGAGAAGCCAGUUCUGCAUGUUUCAUUUGCAAAGCAUGAAGCUGUAUCAAUUUAGUGAGAAAGCUGUGAUAAAUUUGUGAGGUUUCAAGGUUUGCACAGUGUCUAUGAACAGUACUAUCUUUUGGAAUGUGACAUUGUGUAGUCUGGUAGAAGUUUACUGAUAUUUCAGAGGAGCGUACUGUGUCUGUCUUCAAGCUUACGUGGAGUGGCUAUAAAAUAACAGGACUGAUGCUUUAAAAUCUGUUAUUCACCUAAUCACACAAUGGAAAUGUUAUCACCUUCAAAGUGGUCCCCUACACAGCUCCAUGCAAAUCUUUCACUGUUGGAAGCAAUUCUGCAGGUCCUUUUCUGAUAGCUUCUUCAUUACCUCUGUUGCCUUUGCCUUCACUGCAUCUACAGACUUCAGACAGGUUCCUUUUAAUACAGACUUGAUAUUUGGAAAUAAAAAAAAUGUCACAUGGGGCCAGGUUAGGUGAGUAGGGUGGAUGUUCCAACACAGGGAUCUUUUGCUCCGACAGAAACGUCUUGACAAUGCAUUGUGUGCCGGUGCGUUAUCAUGGUGAAGAAUCUAUGAUUCUUCCAAAUUUCAGUCUUUUUCUACUCACCCAUUCACAGAGGAUUGUCAAAAUCUCCUUAUAGUGUACCUGGUUAACGGUGUGACCUUAAGGCAUCCAAUCAAUGUGAGCAGUCCUUGGAUAUCAAAAAAAAAUCAUCAUUCCUUUGAAAUUUUACUUGCUCUUCCAUGCUUUUUUUUUCUUGGUGACCUGGGACUCUUCCAGUGCAUGGAUUGGUGUUUUAUUUUCCUGGUCGCACUGAAAAAACCAUGAUUCAUCACAGGGUAUUACAUUUCCUAUAAAGUUUGGAUCAUUUUCAGUGUUUUGAAGGAUGUCAGCACAAAUGUUCAUUUGAGUUCCCUUUUGCGUGGGAGUGAAGAUUCUCGGCACUAUCUUCAAGCACACUUUUUUCAUGUAAAAUCUGUCGAACACUUUCUUUAUCAGUGUUAGCUAAUUCAGCAACUGCUCGAAUGCUCAGGCAACAAUUUUUUUGAACAAUUUCACUGACUUUUUCAAUGUCAGUAUCUGGUUUUGACGUGCAAAGUCAACUGGGACAUGGAUCGUCUUCAAUCACUCCCCUUCCCUCGUUAAAUCUUUUGAAUCACUCAAAAACUUGAGUACAAGGUAGACAUUCAUCACCAUAAUUUUCCAUCAACAAACUAUAUGUUUCUGUAGCAGGUUUCUAAGUUUUGCAAGGAAUUUCACAUCAACAUGUUACUGUACUGUAACACUUAACAUAAUUCCGACAGAGCUCAGAUACACAGUCCACUUCAAACAAAGACUGUUACCAUACUGUUAGUCAUGUGGCCUUUGAAGUUGUAAGGUUAAUGGAGAGGUGAGGACAGGGUAAUAUGCCACCCCACUCACUGUUACCAAGGCCACAAAGAGUAGACAGAGAAAUCCAUCUUAUUUUAUAGCCGCUCCACAUAAAUACAAGGUUAGACAAUUAAGUUCCAGGACUGCAUGAAUUUUGAGAAAAGCACAUUUAAAAUUGAACAUAUUGUGGCAUAUCUGCUCUAUACAGGAACUGUUGAGCCACAGAGGCCUCACGGCACACGCGCAACAGGAGAGUUGUAGAUUGUAUCGGUGCAUUACUAGGUGACAACUCUGUGAACGCUUGAAUUGCGCAACAGGAAGUAGAGGUCACAUACCCCCACCCAGCCUGUCACUACGGGACGCUCGAUAAACACCCCUCCACACUAGGCUGUGAUGUCAUGCAACAGUGGUAGCUAUCACAUAACAGGUUUCUAUGGAGUCUGUUGCUGGGCAAUCGCGCAGUAAACAUGUUCCAACAAUAUAGGCCGUUUUCUGUGGGGUCGGUGCGGAGGCUAUCAAACGAGAGUAUUCGUCAGUGUUGAGGCGGUUAAGAGUAGACGAGAGUGGCAGAAACAAGUGAAGUGGAUCUAGGAAUACAGAAGGUCACCCUUUGAGAAUGUAAAGUGUGACUGGAAGAUUUCGUGUUUAAUAUUUGUAAUGAUUUAAGUGACAGUUUCUGUGUGGAGAUCUGUUGCUAGGAGACGACUAGUGGAAGACAUAGAAUCCUAGUGCAUGUGCAGCAGUGAACUGGAAAGUGUGUAAAUCAGCGGUAGAUCUGUAUAUAAGUGUAACUAAAGAGAGAGUGUGUAAAUUAGUGGUUAAUAAAACCAAUUACCAAUCUGAACGGCGUCUUCAUUAGCCAGACACGUUACAGUAUCUUUUAAUAUUCUUCAAAAUAAUCUUGAGAUGUCACCCACUUUCGUGUUCAGUCAUAAAAUCGUUGGAAAACCUUUUGAACUCAUCUGCGUGUAAUCCCAGUAAUUCCUUUGUUACAUUUUUUUUAAUGUCCUCUGUGUUUUCAGAUCAUUCAGUGUGGAUUUGAUUUUGGGGAAUAAGAAAAAGUCUGGUCGGGAUAAAUCAGGAUAAUAAGGUGGUGGGGGUGAUUUAACUCUGGAAUACUUGUUUUGCCAAAAACUGCUUUAUUGGUGCCACAACAUGAGAUCUAACAUUGCCACGUAGAGGAACCAGCUUCCUCUUUCCUGAAACUGAGGUCUUACUCAAUUAAAUUCUUUGAACCAAGCAAGACAGUACUUCCACUUAAUAUUCUUUAUUCACCGUCAGACCUGGUGGAACGAAUUCUUUGUGAAUGAUUCCCUGACCGUCGAAUGUGACCAACAUCACUAUUAUACUUUUUACAUUUUUUUUUUUGUGGCUUGGGAAUUACUAUUCCAUUCUUUGUCCUUUUGUUUGGCGAUCAUACUUGGAACACUAGAUCUCAUCACCCAUUACAGCUGAGUCCAGCAAGGAACAGUCAUCCAUAUAUUGAAUAAACUCUUGACAAGCUUGCAGUCUGAGAGCCAUUUGUUCAAUGGUCAAACAGUAUGGAAAAAUCUAGCGCAGAUCUUCCGUUUUCCGAGAUCUUCCACUAAGAUUGCACCAAGACUGCAGCCACCUGCUCACGCUGGUUCCUCACUUGCGGAUUCUUCUACCCUGAAGAUGGAGGUGGUAUGUUCCUCUGAAAUGUCAGUGCACACAAGAUCUACAUGGCACCACGUCCCAGACGACAGCGUUCUUCAUGUUCCUACAUGCUUUUAAAUGCAUGUAAUGGACUGAGUCCAGAAAUUUAAUGUCAAACUUUGUUGUAUACCCAGCAUGCAAAGACACAAGCAGAACAGUAUGUGGGCUUGGAAAUUAGCCCUUGUUACAGAUUUUGCACAUCGAUAGUAACAAGUUUAUUCUUGCCAUGUAUUAUAAUACUACUAUAUUUUCCAUCUGUUUUCAAAGUCUGUUACAACCACCAUGAUGAACUGGAAGAUGUGCUGCUCAAGUGGCACACCAGUUUAAAUUACGUAAGUUACAUAUACUAUAUAUAUACACACACACGUAUUAAUAAAUCCUCAUGGUUGCAAAAUGCAAGGGCUUUCCAGAGAUGACUGGAUAUAACAUUUAGAAUCAGGAAGAGUUUUAACUGAAUAAGAGCUUAUAAUUUUAUUAUUAUGACAAGAAAUAGCUUGUACUGAAAGGAGCAGAGAGUAUUAGGUCUUCUAACUAUGAUUCAAGAUUUUACCAACAGCUGCAGUAAUGUUUAGUUCUUACCAAAGAAUAUCAGUUCUGUCUGCUGCUGUUUGGGAUUUUGGGUUUUUACAAAUAAGAACUGGUAGUAAUGAAUUAUAGAUUUUUACUGUAAUGUAUAUAUUGACUUUGUUCUUGUACAGUUACUUUCCAGCCAGAAAACCAGGACAUUUUCAUUUCAUGAAGCAGUCAUUGGAUUAAUUGAGAUUUCAUAGUAUGCUGGGGCUGACUUUGUCACAUAAAACUGCCUGUGACUGUGUAAGUGUGUUUUGCCAUCACAUUGCAAAGAUAUUGAACUAUCAUAUCAUUGCUUUAUUUCAUUGUCCUUGGUUGAAGGGUACUGUUUAUUAUUUUUAUCAUCUAAAUGCCCCUCUCCGGUUUUUAUUUUUAUUGUAUUCCCAGCAUGAAAUGCUGAAUUUAAAAAGGUUAGUGAAUAUGGGAGUUGAAUUGUGUGAAUCUGUAUUGUGUGGAACAAGUUAGUGAGAUUUAAAGAUUUGUUAAGUUAAAAGAAAAUUCUCCUUUGAGAUUUCAGGUUCUCAUGUUAUGUAGUUCAGUAGAUAGUUAACCAACAUUUCAGGGAAACCUGAUGUCUUAUCUUGCACCUUGAGGAUGCAGUCAGCUGGUUCCUCUGAAAUGUUGGUACUUAUCAAACUGCAUGAUGUCACAUCCCAAAGGACAGAAAUCUUCAGAGCUUCCAUUUUAUAUGUUAUAUUGCAUAUGUCAAGCAAAAAUUUACGUUAAUAGUUUACAUCAUUACCAUUGUACCAGUUAUAUAUAUUAAUAUAUUGAAAACCAUCUGUAUCAAAUGGUUGUAAUAUAUUAAUAUAUACAAAAAUGUGUGAAUUGUUUGAAAUGAAUAUCCACCAUGAUAGGUUUAUUCAGGUUUGGCUAGGCAGUAUCUUCAUCUGCAGAGUGACUAUUUCCAUCAUGUAUUUAAAUCUCAGCCUCUCCAGAAUCACAUAGACCUAUGUCUUAAUUGUAACUAAACUGAUUAAGUUGUCAUGAGGAGAAUGUUAGGAUUUAUAAAAGAAGAUUUAUUGAACAAAGAGCAUAGUUCAAAUGACAUGUUCUGUACAUUUAGUAGCUUCAAAUUUGGAAUGUCUGACAACAAAUGCAACUAUAUUAAUACAAGCAGAGCAGAAGAAAAAAUACAGAAUGAAGUAAGCUCUAUAGAGAACAAUAUUCAAUUAAUCUGUCAUUAAAAACUGCUUUUCAGUUUUCUCUGAUUCUUGUAAGGUGUGUAAUGAAGGUGUUUAUUAUUUGGACCACUAAGGGGAUGCCAGUAGAUGGCAUAAUUUUCAUAAGAGCCCAGUUAUGUGUUCAGAAUUCAAGAGAUUGUAGCAUAGAAUCCCCCCUCAAUGAAGGGGUUAAUUUUGAAUUGUGGGUUGGACCUCCAUUAUGAAUUGUGUUGCAGUAGCAAAAGAUAACAAGAAGCUGUGGCACUGGAAUGUCUAGUGGAAAAUCAGCUAGUAGAAAUGAGUAGCGGAAAGUCUGUUAUCCUGGUCAGAGUGAAAGAUGCAGUGAUUCACAACUUCUACUUUCAAAGGAUAACAUUACCAAACCAUCAUCUGUGAGCUACACAAUGUAGGCUUUUUAAAGAAGACCCAGCUUUUUAUUUGUUGUUAGUAGGAACACUGGAGCUACUUCUGUAGAGAAAACCAAAUGGAAUUUUGAAAUGCUUAUUCUAUGAAUAAAAAUACAAACAUAUAAGUAAAUGAAAAAUUUAGAAUAUUUGUAAGUAGGGGACUGGGGAUACAUUUGGACACCACUUCACAUUAUUUGGUUUUCCCUCUUAGAAUAGCAUAAUCUGCAUAUAGGUGAUCCCCAAGAGGGGUAGGUUUAAACAAAGUUGGAAUAUCUUUGAACUGUACUGGGAGAGCUUUGAACAUCCAAUUUUUUAGCCUUCUGUAGCAAUUUGUCAUUAAUUUGGAAGCAGAUGUUAGAAAUACAGAAAAUUAUAAUGAAAAAGAGAUCAUAAAACUUGUAACAAAAGGAAUAAAAUAAUCAUAUAUUGUUGUGAAGUGACAACAGUUCAACCCA